AUGGAAAUGAUUAUUUAUGCUAGUUCAAUUAUGACUGUUUUUGGCUAUUUAGAAAAUAAACCAUAUUCAUCAUUAGCAAAAAAUAUUCAACCAAAACAAUUAUUGAAAAAGAUAACAAUUAAUGAUCCUCCGAUACCAUCCCAUUUUAAUCCAUCGUUUGAAGCAUAUUCUAACAGUAAAAUAUAUAGUGAAGAAUUGGCUAGACAAUACUCAACAAUUGAAACUAUAAAUGUUAAAUUUAUUUGUGCAAGAUUCGGUUGGAUAAAUACAACUGAUGAUGUAAUAUCUGAUUUGUAUGAUUGA